GCCAGAAGCUGAGUCUCUCUGUGUUUGUGUGUGUGUGUUCGGCACCGGUAUAAAAGCUCUCGGUGGUGUUUCUCGAUCAUCAUGUCUUUGUCACCGGAUAAACGGAGAAAGAUGGAGUCUGCGCUCGAGCAGAUCAAGAAAUACACGGUGGUCGUCGCAGACACCGGAGACUUCAACGCGAUCGAGGAGUACAAGCCUCAGGACGCCACGACUAACCCGUCGCUCAUUCUGGCCGCCGCUAAGAUGCCCAGUUACCAGCACCUGGUGGACCAGGCCAUGAAACACGCCAUGGCUAACGGCGGGACUGAGGAAGAGCAGGUGACCAGUGCCAUGGACAAGCUGUUUGUAAGCUUUGGUCUGGAAAUCCUGAAGAAGGUUCCAGGCCGGGUCUCCACUGAAGUCGAUGCCAGGCUGUCCUUUGAUAAAGAGGCGAUGGUGUCUCGUGCCCGAAGGCUCAUCUCUCUUUACGAGGAGGCAGGAGUCGCUAAAGAGCGCAUUCUCAUCAAACUCUCCUCCACAUGGGAGGGCAUUCAGGCCGGACUGGAGUUGGAGGAGAAACACGGGAUCCAUUGCAACAUGACUCUGCUGUUUUCCUUCGCCCAGGCAGUGGCAUGUGCCGAGGCCCGCGUCACACUCAUCUCCCCGUUCGUGGGACGAAUCCUGGACUGGUACAAGGAAAACACAGACCACAAAAACUACGAGCCACAUGAAGACCCAGGUGUGCAGAGUGUCACCAAGAUCUACAACUACUAUAAGAAGUUCAACUACGGGACGGUGGUGAUGGGUGCCUCCUUCAGGAACACAGGGGAAGUGAAGGCGCUCGCCGGCUGUGAUCUCCUCACCAUCUCUCCUGGGCUUCUGGGUGAACUGAGCCAAGACCACAGCGCAGUCAAGUGUUCCCUCACGCCACAGGGAGCGAAGGACUGUGAUCUGGAGAAGAUCCACCUGGAUGAGAAGAGUUUCCGCUGGCUCCACAACGAGGACCGGAUGGCCGUGGAGAAACUCUCUGACGGGAUCCGCAAGUUUGCUGCCGACGCCGUGAAACUGGAGGCCAUGAUCAAGGAGAGGAUGUUUAAUGUGAAGAACGGAAAGUAGUGAAGAGGGAGACGCUUUUGAGGACCACACCCUUCACUCCCGAUCUGACCUCUGAUUGGCCGGUUUCGCUGCACUCUUUGCUGUGACCGACUGUCAGCC